AUGUCCUACUACCAACCCACCUAUGGCCAGGCAUCCGGCGCCGCGUCGAACAAUCUUCAAUUCUUUCCAUCCUCUUACACAAAUGUCUCAGGCCAUACAACGCCUUCGCAAGCAUCCUACGGCGGCUACGCUUCGAGCAAUGCCGCAUCCUCGUACCCAGGCUACGGCGCCGGCUCCUCAGGAGGAUUCGGCGGUGGACCAGGGAUUCAGGGCGUCAGCGGGCGCAUGGGAGACUCCGGCGGGUUGCGGACAGGCUGGCUUGCUGCGUUUGGCACAGAAGGGUACGAGGGCGAACCAGGCCUGAUGGAAGAGCUCGGCGUCAAUUUUGGACACAUCAAAACAAAGACUCUAACGGUGCUGAACCCAUGGACACGACCUUCUCCGCAUAUCAUGGACGACAGCGAUCUGUACGGCGGGCUGCUGUUCUUGGUCCUUUACGGCACGUUUCUCGCACUCUCGGGAAAGUUCUUCUACGGAUACAUCUACGGCAUUGCGCUGUUCGGGUCGUUGGCUCUGCACUGGAUGUUUGCGCUCAUGACACCCCCCAUCGAACCGAGUGAGGUGGACCAGAUGGCACAGGGACAGCGGGACCAUGUGAGCUCGUCGGGACACGGCGGCCAUUUCUCAAGCACCUUGACGUAUUCGCGGAGUGCGAGCGUCUUGGGGUACUGUUUCCUGCCCUUGGUGUUCACAGCUUUGUUUGGUGUACUCCUGCCCAUGGAUACCGGGUUGGGAUAUGUGCUCACUGCUGCGGCCGUGGGUUGGUGCACGUUCAGCAGUUCCGGUAUGUUUGUGAGCGUGGGACGGAUGAACGGGAUGCGUGGCCUCGUGGCGUACCCUCUUGCGCUGUUCUAUUUGGGGUUCGGGAUCAUGGGUAUCUUCUCGAGUCGAGGGAGUGGAAUGCUGCAGGGAAAGGUGAUGUGA